GUGACGCAAAGGCGAGCAGACCUCAUGUUUGGCGUUUUAGUCCACUUUUGAAAGAAAACAAAUUUCUUCAAAAGUGUGGGGUCUCCUCACUGAUUCUCGUCGACUCCAUAAUUUCUCCGUUUUUAUUUCCCUUCUUCCGUUAUUACCGCCAAUUUCCUCGAGGAAGUUAGCGGUAAUUUCGAUCAACGUAUCUUAUCUUCUAACCGUGGACGUCGCCGGCCAUAUUUUGAACUUAUUUAUUAUUCGAUCGACAACUCUCCACGCAAAAACGCUCUUUUAUCUUCGUCUUUUUAAAUCAUUCCUGAAGUAAUUUACCUUCACAAGUCCAGCGAUUGUACCGAUGGCUCAGAAAACGCCCGUCAGCUUGAUGAACGAACUAGCCAAAGCCAACAAACUCAACCCCGAAUACAAAGUCAUUGAGGAAACCGGACCAGCUCACCAGCGAACGUUUACUGUACAACUAACCCUGGGAGACGUGGGGACGUGGGAAGGUAAAGCGACAAGCAUCCGAAGCGCCAGACAUGCGGCAGCUACUGUGGGUUUGGAGAAUUGUGGGUUAACAAAGCCUGAGAUUGAGAAACCUCAAAUCAACCAGUUCAACAUAACUCCUACGGUGGAACUGAACGUGAUGGCAAUGAAGCUUGGCAAGCUGACGCAGUACCAUGAUCUGCAGCCUAAGAUACCGUCACAAUACCAACCAAUCAGCAUGGGUUAUCAUAGCCUCCAGAUGCAACAUCAUCACACUGGCUUGCAUCACUUGAUGCAACCACCCCGUUCCCCCUUUAGCAUUGCACACCCAGGUCAAGAAAAUCAUUAUCGUCCACACUUCCAAAAUGGAUUUCAUUACCGUUCUCCACCUCCCCGUGUACCCAGAAUCUUUUGUGUCAAGCUGAUCGUGGGAGACCAGGAAUUCCAUGGCGAAGGACGUGACAAGCAGAAAGCUCGUCAAAAUGCGGCAUCCAAAGCAAUCAAGAUGCUGCGAGGUGAGAUGGCUACUAUUUGGGAAAAGGUGACGACAUCCUCAACACCUGAAGAAUCAAAGACAGCUAACCAAAAUGGUGAAAACAAUGUUAAUCAAUCAGAGAGUUCUCCUAAGGAGGGUCUCACUGAAGUGAAAUCUGAGAUCAGUCAGGUGUACGAGAUAGCUUCUAAACGGAAACUGCAAGUAGGAUUUGAAGAUGUGAAGAGCAGUGGCCCUCCCCACAUGAAGCUUUUUGUGGUGAGUGCCACUGUGGGUGAAUUCAAAACAUUAGGGGAGGGCUGUAAGAAAAAGGAUGCAAAACAAGAGGCUGCCAGAAAAAUGCUGGAAGAGUUACAAAAGCUACCUGAGCUACCCAAAGAUGAAACUAGCUACAAGAAAACUGGUCGGUUUGCUCCCCGUGGGCCUCGGAUAUCCCAUCACGAAAAGCCAAAGGGAGAGAUAGAUCCCUCCAUGAACCCAGUCAGCAUUCUGGGGCAGAUUCUUCAGCGAAGACAUGAUCAGCCACCAGACUAUGAACUUCUUUAUGAGAGGGCAAAGGGAAAUGAGAGGGAGUUCAAAAUGCGAGUGACUGUAGGUCAACACCAGGCUGCUGGAUGUGGUUCAAACAAGAAGGAAGCCAAGAAAAAAGCGGCAGAAGCCAUGUUACAACUGAUUGGAUUUCGCUCUCCUGAAGGACAAUCAAUACCUGUUAGUACUCAUGGAGACAAGGCUGUGAAAACAGAAAAGAAUGAUGCAGAGCAAAAGGCUUCUUUAAAUGCUAAUGGAACAAACAGUGAACCACCCACCAUACUUGGCCGACAGCUGAAGCCUGGACUGCUCCCGAUGGUUCCGGAGCUGGUUAAACAAACUAGAUCAGAUCUGAUGAACUCUGUGGUUGCACCUAUAGCACAAGUCAAGCAGGAACCACAGGAGCCUACCGUCCAGGGUGGACUUAACCGCGCCCCUGGGGCUCCUGUGGUGAAGUCAACAGCUGGAAAACCUCUUACGUCUAUUCAGAAGCUAAUACAUGUGGCUGAUGUUGAAGGACUCAGAGUACAAUUUACUGAUUACUCCAAGGAGAGAGAAUUUCUGACUGUUGUCACGGUGUCAUCCAUUCCUCCCCUCACUUGCCAUGGAUCAGGAAAAACUGUAGAGGUCUCACGAGAAGCUGCUGCAAAUAAUGCUUUAAAACCACUACUUCAGUUACAAGGAAGUAUCAAAACCCAACCACCGGCCACUAAGGACAUCAACACAAGUGAUGAAGCCAGAGAACACCAAGCAAAGAAAGAUUAACAAUUUUGAUGAAGUUUGGAGAAAGCCAAUGAAUGGAUCGUACAAAUGACCUGCUUUAAAGGCUGCUUUGAUCUUAGUAAAUUAUCAAGUAGAUUUAAGUGUGAUUACAAGAGAUAAAGAAUUAGUAAAAUAGUUUUUUUUAUGUACAUGGAGUCUCCAAAUCUGUGCACAAAAUGAGAGAACUGGUCACCUGUUGAGGGUCCUACCUAUUAAGUUGGUUAUGUUGUUUUAUUUUUUAAAUAAUUAAUGUUUUCCUUGAUAAAGAGGGUUGAUAAAGGCUCUUUAAGAUCUUUAUUGACCCUGCUUUGCCUUUACAUAAGACAUGCAGUGCUCUGACAUUAGGUGUGGACCAAUAAAUUUUGCCAGUUAGUUUGAAAAACUAACUUUUGUUAUUUUUUAAAACAAUCACUCUUGGGUAAGCCAUUGCAAGCUUGCUGAAUGCAUGGACAAAGACAUGAUUCGUAUGAUGCAUGAUCCUCGCAGUAGAGAGCGCUAUGUAGGUUAUGGCGUGCAUCAUAUGUAUCUAUAACCGCAGUUCAAAAUAUAUGAACUUCAUAUAUUCAUUGUAACCAAAGACAUGAUUGUAACAAGUUACCGUAUUUUGUGAGCAGCUUUUGUAUUUGGCCCCAGAUAGAUGAUGGUGACAACUUUAUCACAAAAACACAUUUUUGGUGACCAGUUAAUUUAUUCUGAGAGUAUGUGUGUUUGGUGUUUUACUGUAUUUUGUGGAGAUGAUAUAAGUUUGAAAUGAAUAGGAAUUGGUGCUUAAGAGAUUGAGCUCUAUUAACUCUUUAACUCCCACGAUCUGAUUGUUAAUUCUCCACUCUAACCACUACACAUUUCAGUGUAAAUUAUUUAAAAGAAUUUGGUGUUAGAUCAAGAUAACAACUUGGACUUCAUAAGUUUAAGGAUUCUCAUUACCUGUUUGCUGAAUAAUGUAUAAAAAAAAUUAUGGGGAGAAGUUACAUGUUCAACAGUUGGAGGAGUUAAGGAUUCACCCAGUGGUAAGCAAUUUAUUGUUCUAGGGAGGGGAGGGUUUUUAUCAGGUAGUAUACCUACAGGAGAACAAUGUUAAAGAGUUAGAGGAUUGCCAUCAUAUGACCUGUUCAGCCCUGCUCAUGCAAUACCAUAGAACACCAUAGUAAAAGCCAACGUGAACAGAGCCAGACAGGUUGAUGUGAGCCAAUCCAGAAAAAGCCAUUUGGCCCUGCUUCCCUUUUGUCGCUUUUUUGCAAAUCUUAAAGGAAAACAGAAACCAGGAAAAAAGUAACAUUUUUCAAGGUAUUGGAAGUUUCUUGUUCUGAUGUGGAAAAAAUAAAGAAAAGUUAUAAUUCCAGAAUUUAUUGUGCUUGUGUGGCUGUGUGUGCCCUUGUAUCAUGUUCUAUUUAGGUAAGAGUUUUAAAUGAUUUACACUCUGCGUGAGUAUGUGAACAGUCUUAGAAAAGAGAUGCUUGUUAUGCUCCUCUGUGUUUGGUCUAUUUGUUGAAUGCCUAGACUGCAGUGAUCUUACUAGAACUCCAUUAUAAAAAUCCUAUUAUAAUGAUCACAGGCUCCAGGAAUGAAUGUUAUUUAAUGGAAUAUUGUUUAAAAGGGAGAUGUCAAAGUUUAUUUUUUAUUGGAGACAAGGACGUUGAGAAAUAUUUGUGUACCAGUACCAUAAAUAUUACAUACAUCCUUGUUUUUGCUUCUUUACUGAAGUAGAGUCAAACUGGCUUUGGAUUAUUUUAAUAUGUAGGUCCAAAAAGAUAUAUUUUAUUUAAUUAAUAUGAGUGCAGCCAUUUUUGUCAUUCAUUGUUUUAUAAUUGAUGAACAAUUCUUUCAUAACUGGAGCUAUGGUCACCUUGAAUGUUCACUCCUGCCAGGCAUUUGCCACUUGAAGUAAAACCCAAAUUUCAGUAUGCAACCUUUUCACUUUCAGAAGUAGUUAAAUAGCAUUCCUUCCAACAACUUUAACUUUAACUUUCAUGUUAAACAGUCAGGUAAUCAGAAAACAAUUAUUGACAAGGGAGAAACAAGUAUUGUUUCUCUAGCUAACAAAGAGCUAUAUUGUCAUUCUGUGGAAGAAAUUGUUUUCUCAUCCUGGGAAUUUUAGGGCGAAAAUUAAUCUAGUAUUAUUAGUUGUAUUAUUUAGUUGUGAAGUAUCAAUUAACAAUCAGUAAACAGAGGCUUCCUUCUGCAGUCUA